AUAAUUUUCAACCUUCAUUUGAAAGAAAUGAAAUUUUAAUCGAUUAUGUCCGAUUUACAAAAUUCAAGAGAGAUGAUACCAUUCGUUUAUCACAUAUGCCCGACUUCUUACCAACAUAUAAUUUACAACUAGCUAUCCCCAAAGCAUUUAAUGAUAAAUACUUUUCAGAAGACAAAGUGAAAAAUUUGAUUGAAUUAAAAGAUAUAAUUUUUAAAUAA